AUGCAGCGAGAGGGGACCAGUGAAUCGUUGGUGGAGCUUCGUGUGGAGCUGAAGCAGGGGGAGGAAGUGUACAGUGUGGAAGAGCGGUUGAGAGCGGUGGUGGGGAUGAGUGUGGCGACCAGGCUGCAAGUAUUGGAGGGCCUUUGGAAUCAUAUAAAGGCCAACAAGCUGCAGGAUCCCUCAGACCCUUCUUCCUUCACCUGCGAUGCUACCCUCCAAGCGCUCUUCAAACAGGACAAGCUCAAAAUCUCCUCCCUCCCCAUCCACAUUUCCCCAUUCCUCUCUCCUCCACCGCCUCUCACCAUCACCCACCGCAUCUCCCUCGCCACCUCCCCCACACACUCCGACACACUCGCUUCAUUAGAUCCCUCCUUUCAUCCACUGGGGCCACCUACCACCCUCCCUUCAUAUGAGACCCUGCCCCCUGUUUCGGCUGACACCUUCGUGGAUGUGACUGUAACAGAAGCUCCUGCCCUCGCGGCCGAAACAGCCCGUGUGAUUGCAGCGAUGGGUCAGCAGCCGGAGAUAGACGCGAUCGAUGCAGCCAUGGCAAAAGAUGCGGAGCUUUUAGCUAAGCAUCGGCGGCGAUGCGCAUUCUUUCUAGCGUUUUCGCACUCUCCUGGGGAGUUUAUCAGGGACUUGAUGGGUUCGCAGCAGAGGGAUUUGGAUCAGAUGCAGCAGGGGGGAGUGGAAGGUGCUGGGAGUGCACAUGCAUUUGGUCCUGAGACUGCUGACCAAGAUGCAGAGUUUUAUGCUCUACCAUGGGUGGAUGAUGCCCUCCUGAGGUACUUGAAUCGCCAUUCUAUGGGUACUGAUGGCCUUGCAUUGUAA